AUGACUUAAACAGAUGGAGUCUGCUUCUCAUUUCUCCUUUUAUUUGUCCUGAUAAGUUACUUAAAGCAGAACAUAUAGCUUUUGUGACAGAAAGCAUUUCAGCUCAGACAGAUAACUUGCAGAAACUGCCCAGCUCUUCAAAAGAGAUUGUGAAGUGGUCAGACUAUUGUUCACCAUUGGCCUAUAAACCUGGUGAGCCUUACAGAUUAAUUGCUGAAGCAAGCGUAGAUAAUUUCAGUAACCUUGGAAUAGCAUUCAUGGAAGACAGGCUUCAAAUGGAUAAUGGAAUGGUGCCACACAAGAUUGUUUCUGUCCAUUUACAGGAAUCUGCUCUGAACAAGUUUGCACAGGUGGCACCAUCUGUAAAAGAGCAAAGUGUAAGCAGUACACAAAUGGAUGAAGUAGCUCGUGCUGCAGCUUUGGGGCCCGCUGUGAAAUCAGUAUUAGGAGGAGCUGAGUCUGCAGGACUAGGUGAAGAGAAGAAAUCCAAGCUAGAGAAAGAAAACGAGCAUGAAGAUCAAUCCAAGUGUCUGUCUGACAAAGAGACAAGUCCUGGAGAACAUCAUCACUUGCAUCUUUCCAGCUGUCAUGAAUGCCUGCAACUUGAAAACAGUACUAUUGAAUCAGUUAGAUUUACCUCUGCAGAAAACAUUCCAGAACUUUCUGAUGCUUGCAGUAACAAACUGGAAGAGAAGGAUGACUGUCUUGCAAGAGGAAUGAAGAGAAUAAACCUUGCUGGAAAGCCCCCUAAUGUAUUGAUUUAUCUUGGCUCUGAAACUACAAAAAUGAAAUUCGAGCAGGUAAAAUCAAUCCUUCAGGAAUGCAUUGAUGCAGACAGCUACACCAUCUACCAGCUGCGUGAGGAACAAGUUCUGAAGGCUCCAUGGAUUGAUAAUUCACUGCUGUUGAUCAUUGCCACGGAGGAGCCUAUUUCUGAGGAGAACUACAAACAAUUUAUGAAGUUUUUAUCUAAAGGUGGGAAGAUUCUAGGGUUUUCUUCAUCUUUUACAUGUGAUGGCAUACAAAUAAAGAGAAAAAACAAACUGAAGAGAACUGUUCAUGAAUUAGUGGUCUCUAAAAUGGACAGCACUGAAAUUCAGUUAAAUCUUUUGCUCAGUGGCUGUGUUUUUGAGGAAGUGGUGAAGGAAGAUACCAGCAAAGUGAAGACAUUGUGUCAAUUAAAUAAUGAUGAUAAAGAUGCAGUUAUUGUUCAUCUGACUUACGGAGACAGCGGAGGGGAAGCCAUUCUUUCUCAGGCACACUUGGAACUGGAUAUCAAUUCAAUGGAUGUCCAAACUGAAGAGGAUUUUAAUUUGCUUAAGAUAAGCAAUACCAAGAGAUAUGAAGUCCUCAAGGAAAUCCUGAUAUCACUUGGCCUGAAUUGUGAAUUAAGUAAAAUUCCUAUGUUAACACCUAUUCACCUUCUCUCUUUUGAUGAGGAAAUCCAUCUUGCUUUUCUGAAAUGGCUCGAGGGAAAUGUAGAUACAGAAGGAUUAAGAGCAUCCAGCAAAGUGUCUCUUAAAUUUGUUUCAUCCUGUGAAUCAAAAAUGGAGGUAACUCCAUCUCUCAUGCCAGUCAUCACUGAAAUGGGAAGCUUCUCAUCGGAGCAUUUCAGCCUGAAGACAUAUCAGCAGAAUCUUCAAACAAAGAAGCUUGGGAAGAUUCUGCUUUUUACUGAAGUUACCACAACAACAAUGAAUCUUCUAGAUGGGUUAAUGUUCGAGUUGCCUGAGGAGAUGGGUUUAAUAGCAAUUGCUGUUCGACAAACACAAGGGAAAGGUCGUGGUGGAAAUGUUUGGCUCAGUCCCCUGGGUUGUGCACUAUCCACUUUACAUAUCACCAUUCCUCUACAUUCCAACCUGGGCCAGAGAAUUCCUUUUGUUCAACACCUGGUGUCCUUGGCAGUGGUAGAGUCAGUUAGAUCAAUACCAGGAUACGAGGAUAUUGAGCUGCGAGUAAAAUGGCCAAAUGAUAUUUACUACAGUGAUCUUAUGAAGCUAGGAGGAGUUCUGGUAAACUCUACGCUUGUUGAAACAACAUUUCAUAUACUUAUUGGCUUUGGAUUUAAUGUGAAUAACAGCAACCCCACCAUAUGCAUCAAUGAUCUCAUCACAAAAUUUAAUAAGGAAGAGGGGACGGAGCUGAAGCCUUUAACUCCAGACUGUCUUAUUGCAAGAACUGUAACUGUGCUAGAGAGGCUUAUAGAUAUUUUCCAGGAGAAAGGGCCCAAUGGAGUUCUUCCCCGUUAUUAUAAGUACUGGGUUCACAGUGGGAAGCAAGUUCGUCUCCACAGCGAGGAGGGCCCGAUUGCAUGGAUAGUUGGGAUAGAUGAUUACGGAUUCCUUCAAGUUCAUGAAGAAGGCAAAGGUGUAGAGUCUGUACACCCAGAUGGCAACUCUUUCGACAUGCUGAGAAACCUCAUAGUCCCAAAGCAUCAAUAG